UGGGCAAAACUCCACACAUGCAAUAAUUUUUGUUCCCUUCUCCAGUUUUUUUAUUCUUAAAAAAUCUACAAAAUAAAACAUUCACAGAUUUCACACACCCACUGCCCUUUUUGUCUUCUCCUACCCUUGUGUUGUGACUUGUAACUCUUGUGUAUAUUAGCUUUGAGUAUGGUUUGCUUCUCUUUUACUUCUACUUCUUUAGGACAUCAGCUGAAGAAAAAGAGGGUUAUUAGUCAUCAACAUUUCUUUGAUUCCCCACCAAAUUUGGGACACACCCCAUCUUUCCCAUAAAGUUUCUUCCUUUGGCUUAAGAUAGAUUGAAGUAGGUUUUAUUGACCUCAUAAUGGGUUCCGGAGAUUGGUUUAAGACGAUAAUUACAAGAAAGAAGAAGGUGAAGCUUGACAAAAAACGAUCAAAGGGAUCUUCAGCUUCAGAUGACCCAACUGGAUCUAAAACCAAAAAAAAAUCUGAAAAAGCCAAUGCUAAAGGUGGUCGGGGUAUCAGUAGAACUAACGGCACUCCUGUAAAAAUCAGUGAAGAUGUUGCUGCAACAAGGAUACAGACUGCUUUCAGGGCCUAUAUGGCAAGGAAAGCUUUUCGGCGUAUGAAGGGGAUAAUACGAUUCCAGAAACUGACGCAGUUCCAGUCUGUUAAGAAGCAGUCUACAAAUACAUUGACUCAUCUUCAUUCAUGGAGUAUGAUACAAACUCAAAUUAGACAUCGCCGCCAGUGUAUGGUAACUGACGGUCGUCUUAAACAGAAAAAGCUAGAGAACCAAAUGAAGCUUGAGGCAAAGCUCCAUGACUUGGAGGUGGAAUGGAAUGGUGGUGCUAAUACAAUGGACGAGAUUCUAGCAAGGAUACAUCAAAGAGAAGAAGCAGCUGUGAAGCGGGAGCGAACCUUGGCUUAUGCAUUCUCUCAUCAAUGGAGGGCAAACUCUGGUCAAAAUCAAGGCUCCAAUGCUUCUGAACUAGGGAAAGCUGAUUGGGGAUGGAGCUGGAAGGAGCGAUGGAUAGCUGCUCGUCCAUGGGAAAGCAGAGUGCCAUCUCAAUCCAUCAACCCUAAGAAGGGGCAGAAUAAGCUUACAAGCAAGACUCAGAAAAGUAGUAACUCUACAACAACACAAAAAUCGCUUCCUGCUAAAUCAACAGUAUUGAAUGGUAAGGCACAUGGAAAAGCCCGAAGAUCAUCCUUUCCUGGAACAGGCAUAAAAGCCGAGCAAGAACCAAACAUCAAAGUCCAAGAAGCAACACUGAAGAGGCGUGAAUCAGUGUCUUAGAUAGAAAAACUACAGAUCGUGAAGCGUUCGUGUAAAAUUUUCAAGGGUUCUUCGUUUGAAGGAAGCAAAUCCUCACUCUUGCCGACAUUUUGAUUAAUGUUUAUGUAUGUAUACGAGGUGGUGUGAAAAAAUUUGUAUUGCCAACUGAUACUGAAUAUAUCUGUACUUGUUUUUUUUUUCUUUUU